CUGGCUUAUUUCGCGGCUCGGGGUGUGGCGAGCGACGAUGCUCCAUUGAAGUGCGAAGAUCUGCGAAUCGGCCAAUAUAUAUGCGAACAUCCUAAAAUAGACAAUGCAACCCAAGAACCCAUGAAGUGUACUAACCACACUGCAUAUGUUGCCUGUCUUCCAGCCCCAAAUAUUACUUGUAAAGAUUUCAGUGGAAAUGAAACUCAGUUUACUGGAAAUGAAACUGGAUUUUACAAACCUAUUGAGUGUCGAAGUGUAAAUGGUUACUCCUAUAAAGUAGCAGUAGCUCUGUCUUUGUUUCUUGGCUGGUUGGGAGCAGACCGGUUUUAUCUAGGAUAUCCUGCAUUAGGUUUGUUAAAGUUCUGCACAGUGGGAUUUUGUGGAAUUGGUAGUUUGAUUGACUUCAUUUUGAUUUCAAUGCAGAUCGUGGGUCCUUCUGACGGUUCUAACUACAUAAUAGAUUAUUAUGGUGCAAGGCUUACCAGACUGAGUAUUACGAAUGAUACAUAUAGAAAACCUCAAAUGUACCCUUAAUCUUGCCAGAGUUCACUUACUUUAUUUGAGUGUGAGAAGAUAUCUGUGUAUGAAAUGAUGGAAGAGCACCGUCUAUAGAGGACUGAGAAGUUUCAUCAACUCUUUGUCAUCAGCUCUUUGUGCACAAAGGAAAAAUAGUUGGCUAUGUUAUUUUACACUCUGCUGACCGCACAAAAGGAGUUAGAGCCUUUGUGCCAACUGUAACCUUAUUGAAAAGAAGACAGUGACUUAUCUUUUAAAUUGUUUGGUAAAUAAAAGCAACCGAUGGACUUUUAAUGAUGAAUGCAUCAUGAACUACUGCACAAAAAACUUUAUACAAGUUGUACAAAAACUGAAAAAGGUGUGCGGAUGUAAAGGGAAAAACAAGAAGCAAUUACCUCAGCACUCAACAUCCCUUUUCCUACUGCUAUUUAAAAAUGAGAAAAGGAGAAACCACAUACAAAAAUGUGUUGUUGUGCAGAUGUACCAGGUUCCAGCUCAUUCACUCCCUCCCUUGCUCCCUCACAUCAAGUACAUUCUGUCCUUUUGGCAAUAAGUUGAUGGGAUAUUUAGAAGCUGCGAACUGUUCUGAAAGUUUCAUAGUGGGUUAUGGGCCAUGUGUGUUUGAUCAAAAUUCAAUUACUGCACUGCGCCAGUCUUGGAAAUGUAUCAUGGCGAGUUAUGGAGUAUGACGAAAUAAGCUUCUCUAAUUGGUUCAGUAUGGGGAGCAGUCUCAACCAAGCUUGUUAUGAUAAAUAGCUUCCUAUGUUAAAGGUUCUCCAGAGCUUAAGUGUCUUGGCUCACCUCCUUCAAUAGAAUAAGAAUAUUGUUCCCUAGGAAUAUUUACAUCAUUGUCUCUUUUCCCAGGUUGGAGUUAAAUAUUUGUAGCAUUUUAUCUUGCUGUUCUUGAGGAAUGUAAACAUAAAUAUAUGUCACUUCUCCAAUCAUAAAAUAUCUUGUGUCCCUAUACACAACUGGUUAUUGGUAAUGUCACUUUUGUCAGCUUGGAAGAUCUUAACUGUUGUUUAAAGUCAAAUCCACUUUACAAGCCCUUUAAAAAUUGAUGUCGAAUGCUCUGCAACUCCUAGCUUAGAUUUGCUGCUACUAAAAGAGUUCCAAACAUGGAUAUGUUUUUUUAGCAGAUUUCUGUUAUGGAAAUAAUCUCCGAUUAUCCUCUGGUAAGCAAACAAAGGUAGAACUAGAGAAGUCUCAAGCUACUAUACGUGUCUACAUUGUGGUGCUUCAUGUGCACAGAUGCCAUUUCACUUUGAGAAAAAGGUAUAAUGCAUAUUGUUGUUCUGCUUCUUUGGUUAAGAAACUAGAGAAAAAUAAGCCUUGUCUUCCCUUUAGUAAUUUGUCUUGUGGAGCUCAAAUUAGUUAUCUGAAUAGAUCAUUUCUUUUUUCCUAUAGUAAUUUAAUACACUGUUAUCUGGGUUUCAUUUGUUUUAUGAGCUUUGAUCCAUCAUAGUUUGCCUUUAUAUUUAAAUGUCCUCUUUAACCUUCUGCCAAAAGAUGUUGUAACGCUGAAGUCGGCAUUUUCAUCAUGUACUACAUUUGCUGCAAAAUUUCAAUUUUAUAAACCAUUCCCCUUAGUCAUCACUUAAUCAAGCGAUGAC